AUGUUCUCUGAUGAUAUAUUUGGAGAAUCACCAACUGGAGUCCGAAAACCUGGAAAAGGAGAUGGUUUAGCCAUUCAAAGAAGUGGUCUUCAGGAUAACUGGGAUGAUGCAGAAGGUUACUACAGCUACCGUUUUGGAGAAGUACUUGAUAGCAGAUAUGAAGUUCUUGCAGCACAUGGGAAAGGUGUGUUUUCAACAGUGGUUCGUGCAAAAGAUCUGAAAGCUGGAUCCACUGAUCCAGAAGAAGUGGCAAUAAAAAUCAUACGCAACAAUGACAAAAUGUAUAAAGCUGGAUUGGAAGAGCUGGUGAUACUGAAGAAGUUAGUAGGUGCUGACAUGGAGGACAGGAGGCACUGUGUGCGGUUUAUUUCUAGUUUCAAGUAUCGGAAUCAUCUUUGUUUAGUUUUUGAGUCUCUUCAUAUGAAUCUUCGUGAAGUAUUAAAGAAGUUUGGUAGAAAUAUUGGUCUUAAACUAACUGCUGUAAGGGCCUAUGCAAAACAGCUCUUCAUUGCUCUAAAACACCUUAGAAACUGUGGUGUCCUUCACACUGACAUCAAGCCUGAUAACAUGCUGGUAAAUGAUGCGAAGAAUGUUCUGAAGCUUUGUGACUUUGGGAACGCCAUGUUUGCUGGGAAGAACGAGAUCACACCUUACCUUGUUAGCCGCUUUUAUCGUGCCCCUGAAAUAAUUUUAGGUUUGACUUAUGAUCACCCUGUUGACAUGUGGUCUGUUGGCUGCUGUCUGUUUGAGCUUUACACUGGAAAAGUUCUCUUCCCUGGCGCCACAAACAAUGACAUGCUUCGCCUUCACAUGGAACUCAAAGGCUCUUUCCCUAAAAAGAUGCUUCGAAAGGGAGCAUUUACCGAACAGCAUUUUGAUUCGGAUCUUAACUUUGUUGCUAUAGAGGAGGACCCUGUUACCAAGAAGACUGUGAAGAGAUUGGUUAAUAUGAAGGCGAAAGAUAUUAGUUCAAUUGUUAUGAGCUCACCUGGAGAGGAUCCGAAAAUGGCAUUGAGUCAUCCAUUCAUCACUGGAAAAUAA